GUUGAAACUCUUUCCUAAGGAAUAACAUCUGGCCCAUCAUUGCACUUUGUUCACAAAAUGGUACGCGCGGCGUGGAAAAAGCUUCUGAACGACGCGUCCGUCCAGAGGUCAUCCCAGACUCUGUCCAUCGUUGGGGCAGAUGCCUUCAUCUAUGGCGGAGAGCUGCGACCUCGAGAGCCCGUAGACUCUGCAGUUUACCGCAUAUCAGUAGGCAGUGAUGGUGGCGCUGAAGCCCUCCUGUCUACAAUCGCUGGGGUCCCGACCAGCCCGCCACCCCGUGUUGGCAGCGCGUCUACAACCGUUGCUGGUAAGAUCUAUAUAUUCUCCGGUCGUGGUGGAACAGCCAUGGCGCCUAUCGAAGAGGAGGGAGCAUUUUGGGUCUUCGACCCCCUCGCUGGUAACGGCGAAUGGUCGCGGAUCCAACCCGCGAAUCCCCAAGCCCCGUACCCCGUUGGACGCAGCUACCACGCUCUUACGAGCGAUGGUAAAGAGACGAUCUUCCUGCAUGCCGGCUGCCCUGAAAAGGGCCGACUCCGCGAUUUGUGGGCUUUCAACGUUAAUAGUGGCGAGUGGUCCGAGUUGCCUCAAGCCCCGGGCCCGGAACGGGGUGGCACAUCGAUAGCAUACGCUGGCGGCAAAAUCUACCGCAUCAACGGUUUCGACGGCAAGACGGAGCAGGGGGGUGCUCUGGAGGUGUUUGACCUUGAGAGCAAGACAUGGAGGACGAUUGAAUAUCCGGCAGACGGGGCCAACGGCCCCAGUCCGCGGAGUGUAAGCUGCCUUCUCGCGCUCGAAAUCGGCGGAAAGCCAUCGCUAGUGACGAUGUUUGGAGAACACGAUCCUAGCAGCCUGGGUCACCAGGGGGCAGGAAAGAUGCUCUCAGACGCUUGGGCGUUCGACAUUGAGUCCGAGAAGUGGGACAAAAUUCUCGUGGAAGGGGAGGAGCCUCCAUCUCGAGGGUGGUUCGACGCCGACGUGCUUUACGGGUCUAGUAUAAUCCUUCACGGUGGACUUGCAGAGUCGAAUGAGCGCCUCGGUGACGCAUGGUCAUUGCAAUUUGCCGGGGCUUGAGUUGCGUCAGCGUCCGUUGAUCUAAUGUCGCGCGCUUUUCAAUAAUUUUUAACUACAAAGUCGAUGUCUGAACGAGGGUUAUGGUAUACGGAUGCGUGCCUGGAGUCCUUUGUUAUGCAGUGUCAAGAGGCCCUUGCUAUACAGAAAGGCGCACUUUUACCAACCAUUG